CACACACUAGUGUAAACACGGCAGUGAGUCCACCCCAAAAAAAAGUAAGCCGGCCCAGUCUCUUGCUCUGCGGUGAGGACGAACUUGCAUAUGCUGCGACGGAUGGGCAUGGGCUGGGAGUAAUGAAUUGCAGAGCUUCUACCUCGAGAACGAGUGUCACGCGGGGGCGGAAAAUGGCAGGGUGGUAGAGAGAGAGAGAGCGGGAUUCUUGCGGGGGCCUCGACGGCGCAACGCCUCCCGAUCUCCUCCGCCGCCUAGCGGCCGACAGCGGCGCCUCCGCCUCCCUCCGGUGAAGCUCCCCCGAGUGCUACGCCUCCAAGUCCCUCUGCCCUCCGGCGACGGCCGACGGCCCGGCGGUCGUCCUCCUUGCCCCGAGCUCCACCCCGCUCGAAGCUCCCGCCCCCUCCGGCGACGGCGACGGCCCCGGCGGUCGUCUUCCUCCUCCGUCGACCAGCUUCGAUCAAGAGUUUGUAAGAAGCUCCUGAAUUAUAACUGAUCAGAUGCUUGGGCGCAACAAUAUGUCGCCCAACAGACUAGAAGCCGUGUUGAUGCUGUUGAUGUUCAUGGUUUACAAUACUUCAGGAGCAUUUGUUGGUAUCAACAUUGGCACCAGGGUGUCAGACCUGACAUCACCAUCAGACAUAGUCUCCAUCCUUAAAGCCAAGAAGAUUCAACAUGUUCGCUUGGUUGAUUCAAACCAUGAGAUGCUAGUCGCCCUUGCGAAUACUGGAAUUGAAGUGAUGGUUGGGGUGCCAAAUAAUCAUCUGCUCCGUGUGGGGCAAUCUCGUUCGACAGCUGCUGAUUGGAUUAACAAGAAUGUUGCUGCCUACAUUCCAGCAACAAACAUCACUUACAUUGCCGUGGGUGAUGAGAUUCUUACUACUGUCCCAAAUGCAGCUCUUGUUCUAGUACCUGCACUGCAAUUCCUCCAAUCAGCACUGUUGGCUGCAAACCUCAAUACCCAGGUGAAAAUAUCAAGUCCUCAUUCAAUGGAUAUGAUCUCUAAGGCAUUUCCCCCCUCUACUGCCACUUUCAACUCGACAUGGAACUUAACAAUGUCCCAGUAUCUUGAGUUUCUGAGGACUACAGGAUCCUCCUUCAUGCUGAAUGCUCAACCGUACUAUGGUUAUGUGAAAGGGCAAGGUGUAUUCCCUUUACAGUAUGCCCUGUUUCGGUCACUCAAUCCCAACAGUCAGAUUGCAGAUCCCAACACUAAUUUGUUCUAUACCAAUAUGUUUGAUGCUAUGGUUGAUGCCACAUACAACUCAAUGAAAGCAAUGAAUUUCACCAAUAUUCCUGUUAUGGUCACAGCAUCUGGUUGGCCAUGGCAUAGUGCACGAAAUGAGCCGGCUGCUGAUGUUGAUAAUGCUCUGGCCUAUAAUACAAAUCUCAUACGCCAUGUACUAAAUAACUCUGGUACCCCUAGCCAGCCAAAUAAUCAAGUAAGCACAUACCUGUUUGAGUUGUUCAACGAGGAUCUUCGGUCAGGAUCUGUUUCGGGGGAAAGUUGGGGGAUUAUGUUUAGCAAUGCAAGUGCAGUAUACUCCCUGGCAUUUGAAGAUGUGGCUACAACUAGUACUGAUUCACCGGCUUUGCACGGGAUGUUUUGUGUGGCAAAUUCAAGUGCACCCCAUAGUGCAUUGAAGCAAAGUUUGGAUUGGGCAUGUGGCCCUGGUUCUGCAAACUGCAGCGCAAUUCAACCUGGGCAGCCGUGCUACAAACCAGAUGACAUUGUAGCUGUUGCUUCGUAUGCCUUCAACGAUUAUUAUCAUAGAACACAAGCAAGUGGCGGAACAUGCAACUUUAAUAGCACAGCAACGAUAUCAUCUACGGAUCCAAGCCAUGGUUCAUGUAAAUUCGCAGGAAGCACCGGUGCCAAUGGCAGUACGGCUUCUGGACCUGUGAGCCAAGAUAGUUCUGCUUCACAGUCUCAAUCUUUCUGGUUGACUUGGCUAAUCGCCAUGCUGCUGCCCGUUCUACUUCUCAUGUAAACAUUGUAACCGAACGUUGUAUUUUGGAUGAGAUGUGUGGAAUUUGUUGCGCCUCUUGUCCUUAGAUAGAAAGGGCGUCCUAUCUGUCUCACUUUAUUGAGGUAGAUGACAUGUAUCGCUCAGUUUUAGUUGUCCUAGAGAAUGAACAUGCAAGGUGCACUAAAUUUUGAAUGUCAAGCUGGGAGACUUCAAUUGUCCUA